UCUCUUAUCAUUGAUGGUGACUACAUAAGAUUACAACCUCCUGAAGAUAGAGCAUACACCAUGAACCCGAAUGAUAAUCCAUUCUUAGCCUCUCAAGGCGAUUCUCAAAACCAUCACCAUCACCACUUACAUCACUACAACUAUGCCAAUUAUUACAAUAGCUCUAUGAUGAAAACCAGUUCAUUCCAUCUUACUCAGAUUACCAAAUUCAAGCAGUAUAAAGGAUCCAGGAAUCCAAAUCACUUCAAGAUCGUAAUAAGAAAACAGGGAAAAGAGAGACAUGUCAAGAAGACGUAUGAUCUAGAAGCAGUCAGUGAAGCCGAAUGCGAGGAUAUUAUAAAAAAGAUUGGCUGGGUUAUAGAUAUGUACCAAGCGGAGAUGGCACACCUUAUGUAAAUAGUUUAGAUGAGAUGAUGCGAAAAUUUAAA